AUGAAUGAAGACCUAAAUGAUGUUGAAAAUGAUGAUACUGAAGACACGGAGCAUAUGGUACAUGAAAGUAAUGAAAACGAUGAUAAUGAUGACAUAGAUGAUGACAUAGAUGUGGAUGAAGCUAAUGAAGCAGGACAUGGUUUCGAAGAUGAUGGUGAUGAAGACAUGAAUGAUAGCGAGAAUGAUGUGGAAUAUGAGAAUAAUGAACUUGGCCAAGAAGAUCAUGCAGCUACAGAUAAAAGAUUGGAUAUGGGAUGUAGCAACACUUUUGGAAACACUAGCCAACAAGAUCAAGAUGAUGAAAUUAGUUUAGACAUGGACGAUUCUAACUAUGAUCAAGGUACAUAUAUUCUUUGA